CGGCGACGUUCGAUUUGUGAGUGCGUGUCAUUCUCCCUGGAUUUCCUUGUUUUCGAGCUGCAAAAGGGUGUGAUUAGGCGUGCAAAAACUGGAGGAAUGGCUGAUAUCGUGGAGAAUGUGAUGCAGCAGGCGGCCGAGAACUUAACAGAGACGACAACGUCCAGCGGGAAGCCCCCCGCCACUCUAGAGGGCACCGCCGUGGCAUAUGGGAGUCUCGUGGUGAUGGCGAUGCUACCCAUCUUCCUCGGCUCCGUUAGAUCCCUCAACAAGAGCAGUUCACAGUCGAAGGACCGCACGGAGCGGAUGAACACAAAGGACGCAAUGAUGUUUCCUUUGAUAGCUUCCGUGUCCCUCUUCGGAUUGUAUCUCUUCUUCAAGAUUUUCUCACGAGACUACAUAAAUCUCCUGCUCACCGGCUAUUUCUUCUGCCUCGGCGUGCUGGCUCUCAGCAACCUGAUGAGCCCCGUGAUCAACGUGCUGGUGCCCACGAGUAUUCCCAACAUCCCUUUCCAGCUUCAGUUCACAGAGGGCGAGGGCAACCACCGCAAGGACAUAAUCAACUACAAGUUCACGUCCUACGACGUGGCGUGCCUGUUCAUGUCCACGCUGGUGGGAAUUUGGUACUCGCUGCAGAAGCACUGGAUCGCUAACAAUCUCUUCGGCGUGGCGUUCGCCGUGAACGCCGUGGCGCUUUUGCGGCUCAACAACGUCAUCACCGGCUGCAUUUUGCUGAGUGGGCUGUUCGUGUACGACAUUUUCUGGGUAUUCGGCACUAACGUCAUGGUCACCGUGGCCAAGUCCUUCGAGGCGCCCAUCAAGCUCGUCUUCCCGCAAGAUCUCCUCACAAACGGCCUCAGCGCCAGCAACUUUGCCAUGCUAGGACUCGGCGACAUCGUGAUCCCUGGCAUCUUUAUCGCUCUCCUGCUGCGCUUCGACAUGAGCUUGAAGCGCAAGAGCCGACUGUACUUCUACGCCACAUUCGUGGCGUACUUCCUGGGCCUCAUGACGACCAUCUUCGUGAUGCACGUGUUCAAACACGCUCAGCCGGCGCUGCUCUACCUUGUGCCCGCCUGCAUUGGUACGCCCGUGGCCGUGGCGCUCGUCAAAGGCGACAUCAAGACCAUGUUUGCAUACGACGACAAUCCUCAAGAGAAGGAAGGCAAAACCGAGAAGAAGGGAAGCAGCAGUAGUGGAGGCAAAAAGGAGGCCAAGAAGACUAAGUAAAUCAUCUCUUCCCCAUCCCGGAAAGUGCGUGUGUGUGUUGUACAGGAGUGAUAAAAA